GGGAGCAACCAAGCCGGGAGCAACCAAGCCGGGAGCAACCAAGCAGCCUCGUGCGUGCGCCCGAACACCGCGCGGCACGCGGGGCUGAAACCGUGGCCCGCGCUCGAUGCCGCGGCGAAAGCAGCCUCCGCAGUCAUCGUCUCCCUACUUCCCGCCGCCGCCGCUGCCCGCGGUGGGCGCGGUCUGCAGCGCGUGCGGCAACGGCACGAUGGCGGCGCGAACCGGGAGGUACGGCCCUUUCCUCGGCUGCUCCGAGUACCCGAAAUGCAGGCACACGCACAACCUCUGCGCGGCCGAGGACAGCGGGCCGGCCGCCGCCAAGCGGCCGCGGCGCGAGGGCAAGUCGCGGGUGCGGGUCGAGAUCGAGACGUCGGACUCCAUCCGCCUGUGGAGCAGCGACGGCGCAGACGGGCAGCAGGCGCUCCGCGCUGCGAUUGGCACGCUCGGCAUCGGCCCUCGCCGCUCGCAGAUCCACAUGCUCCGGCCUGGCCUGCUCGGUCCGGACAAGUGGAGCUUCGGCCGCGAGUACUGCGGCUCCGUGCGGCUCGGCACGGGCUACUUCGUCCCCCUCGGCGGAGGAUGCCGCGACUGGGAGCUCAACUUGCUGCUGCGGCGUGCGGUGAUGAUCCGCAGGCGCAAGGCGGAGGUGCCGGCGGCGCGCCGCUUCGUCGCCGACGCAAUGAGCGCGCUCGAGGCGGCGGAGGCGUUGGGGGGGGACGUCGCGAAGCUGGUCGUGUUUGCGCACCACCGGCGGGUGCUCGACGGGCUGCAGGCCGCCCUCCACCGAAAGUACCCCCUCGUCCGCAUCGACGGCAGCACGCCGCUCCCCGCCCGCCACCUCGCCAUCCGCCGCUUCCACUCGGAGGCAUCUCUCCGCCUCGCCCUCGUCUCGGUCACCGCCGCCUCGCUCGGCGUCGACCUCAGCGCGGCGUCACACUGCAUUUUCGCCGAGCUUCCGCCGGACGCUGCGUGGCUCGCGCAAGCGGAGGACCGGCUGCACCGCAGGGGGCAGCGCUCCGCCGUCAACGUCACGAUCCUGCUCGCGCACCUCGCCGCGGGCGUCGACGAAGGCGCGCGACACGCGGCGGCGCUCAAGCAGAACGAGCGCGCGGGGCCGACUCACGCUGCGGACGCCGCCGACGACGCGAAGGCCGCCGCGCACACGCCGUGCGAGCCGUUGGCGUCGCUGCUGGCGACGCGGGGCAGGGCGCGGCUCUGCUUUGAAUGCAGCAGCAACACCGGCCGCUACCACGUGUACGUCGCCCCACUCGCAGCGGCUGCGCCUCUGACUGCAGCUGCGGCGGCCGUGGGCACCACGCACAGCGCGGGAGCGGCGGGCGAGCAGAGGGAAGAGGGCGCUGGCGGCGGAGGCCAGGCCGGGGGUGCCGCCGCGUGCAGCGAGGCGAGGGUUCGGCGCGUGCUAGCCGACGCGGCGGCCGCAUUUGCGACGCAGUGGCGGCUGUUGGCUGCGCCGGCGCGGCGUCGGCUUCGCGGGCGGCCGCUGGAGAUGCUCCAAGUGUCGGAGGCCCGAGCUGUCGCAGCAGUGCAGAUUGGGCGCGGAGCCGGCGGGGGCGAGGGCAAGGCGAGCGGCGGCACGCGAAGGAAGCGAGCGAGGGGCGCGGAGCAGGGCGCCCCUGCUGGCGUGCGGUGGGGCGUGGCGCGCGUGCCGCUAGGGAGGCGCGACAUGCCGCUGGCGGUGGGGGCGAGCGGCGAGCACGCUCUCUGUCUCGCCUGCUACGCGCCACUCCGCCGCUUCCCCACCGGUUUUGCUCUCGGGCCGGCGGCUGCAGAUCCCGCCGCCGCCGCAGAUCCCGCCGCCAGCGCCGCCGAGACCGCCCCAACCGCACCCACGGGCGCGUCCGCCGCAUCAUCAGCACGGUGGCCGACCGCGGCGCCGCUGUCGGACGCGGAGCUCUUUUGCAGCGGCGCGUGCCGCGGCGCGUUCGUCGGCCGGCGGCAUGGCGGCGCGCUGCGCCGGCAGCUGCGCGACUUGGACGGGGCGAGGUGCGCUGAGUGCGACCUCGACGCCGCCGCGGUCGGGCAAGCAUUGUGCGAGGCUCCUCCGGGGCCGCCGCGCGCCGCGCUGCUCGAGCGGCUCGCGCCCGCCGUGGCCGCUGAGCCACGGCUGGCGGCGAGGCUGCUCGCGGCGCCCCACCUCGAGGGCCUGCUGUGGCACGCCGACCACAAGACGGCGGUGGCCGACGGCGGCGGCGAGUGCACCGUCGACAACAUGCAGGUCCUCUGCGUCGCCUGCCACGCCGAAAAGACGAGGCGCGAGGCGCGCGGGCGGCGACUCGCGAGGCGUGAGGCUCGCACGGCGCGCGCCGAGGAGGCGGCCGACACGACGCCCUCCGCCAAGGUGGAGUCGCCGUACUUCGCGGCGGGCGGCAACGGCGCAGGGUCCCCAGCAGCGUCAUGCCCCGCUCGCCGCAAAGAGGCGGCGGCGAGCGCGUGCGCCACUCCGCGGCGGCGAGCAACGAGGGCCUCUCCCUACUUCACCGCCUGAUCCUGCAGUUGCACGAACGGAGCUCUGAGGGUCCGCGUUGCGCGUAUCAUGAUCGUGGCCAAGAAGAAAAUACCAUGAGUCUUGCA